GGAGACACCGCAUAGGCCCAGAAACAUCGGUGUAGCUCCGGCUGAUCGCUGCUCUCUCUCACCUCCUCGCUUGGACACGGAAUCACGAUCUCACACGUUACUCUGAUCAGCGGGGGGUGUUGUUUUUGUAAAGAACUGGCGGUAAAGGUAUGAUGACAGACAGACACACUCUGAUCAGAAAGCAUGGGGCUCAGUGGAAAGGGACAACAGAGCCACAGGAUGGUGAUCUUUGUUGUCAUCCUCGUCCUGAUGACAAUCCUCUUCCUGUACGGCUCCAGCAAUGUCAGCAGUGACGUCUUUACCCCCAUGCACGUGGCCGUUAAUAACCUCCUCAAGAACUCAGACCUGAAGAAGUGGGCUGGGAAAGAAGGCUACGUGCCAUUUCAUGGGAACAAGAACAUGAACCUGCACUGCAAUACCUGCGCGCUGGUGACAAGUUCAAGCCAUGUGUUGGGGAGUCGAGCGGGAGAAGAGAUCGACCGCGCGGAGUGUGUGAUUCGGAUGAAUGACGCUCCUACGCUGGGGUUCGAGGCGGAUGUGGGCAGUCGGACUUCCCUGAGGGUCGUGGCCCACUCCAGCGUGUUCAGGGUGGUCCGCAGGCCCAACGAGUUCUUGCAUCGCAUGGACAACAACCCGGUGAUCAUAUUCUGGGGACCCCCGAGCAAGAUUGGGAAGGAGGGCAAGGGAACUUUGUACAGACUGAUCCAGAGAGUCAGCAUGACCUACAGCAACUUGUCGUGUUUCAGUAUCGUACCCAGCAAGAUGCGCCGGUUCGACAGUCUCUUUCAUAAGGAGACAGGGCGAGACAGACAAAAAUCUCACUCGUGGUUGAGCACAGGCUGGUUCACAAUGGUCAUCGCCAUUGAGAUAUGCGAUAACAUAACAGUAUAUGGGAUGGUUCCACCCAAUCACUGUGGAAAAAAACCUGGAUCCAAGAAGAUUCCCUAUCACUAUUACAAACCCAGGGGGCCUGAUGAAUGUGUCACUUACAUACAGAGCGAGAAAAGUCGGAAAGGAAACCACCACCGCUUCAUUACCGAGAAGCAUGUGUUUGCACGCUGGGCAAAGCAGUACAACAUCACCUUCACUCACCCCGACUGGUGAACACACAGAAAACCCUUUAAGAGGUCUCUUCUGCCUUCACGGAGGAAUGACAGAGUACCGAGGGGUGGAUGAUGUUUGGUGACUUCCCCGAUUGGGCCUUCAAAUCACUACGUGAUGGACGACUGCUCUUGGGGGGAAAUAGGAAAGAAUUGCAGAGAUAUAAUGAAAUGUGCUCUGCCGCCAAAACUCACUUUAGAGAGGUUUCUGAAACACUGUGCGUAUCGUCCACAUUGACACGUGGCAGUCGUGUUUUUGUAGAUAGAAAAGAAACUGAUUUUAAAGAUUGAUUUUUACAUGUUUAUAAUAUUUUGGUUAUGUAUCGGAAAUGCACUGUUUCCCGUGUUGAAGUGGGAGUGUAUAUAAGUGUUCGCAUCAGCUAUGUCAAUAAGUGGCCGACAAAAUACUCUAUAUAGCCCUUAUUUGUCCAUUAUACAGAGAAUAUAUAUAUAUAUAUAUAUAUAUAUAUACACACACUUUAGUAACUGCAGUGAUACAAUUUUUUGUAACAGUUCCUAAAUCAGUACCAAAAAACCUCUACAUACGUCUCAUUGGAAGUAUGACCCCAAUGUUCUUAAAUGGUUUAAAAUAUUGCAUCUGUAAGUUGAAAUUAGUUUUGAAUUGGCAAAUAGUUUCUAUGAAUAUGUAAACAUGACCUAAUCUGACCAAGGGUCUAAUUAAUAAUAAUUCAGUUUUUUGAUCUUGUUGCUAUGGAAACACAAAACUAAACAGGUGUAAAUAUCAGGUGAUAACAUAGAGUGAGGAUAAAACACAUUGGUUUACUUAAGUUUAUUUAGAUUGAUACAACAGUUAGUUACAAAACAGUUAGCGCGUCUAUCAUUGGUGUUGGUAAUAUUCUGACAUAUGCCAGAAAGUAAAAUUCAGAAAUCAAUUUCUGCAGAUACAAAUGUUACUUUUGUUUUCAUGUUGAUAAACCCUCAAUUAGAAAUUAGCAUUUUUUUUGUUGCCUCAGAUGUUGAUUUGAACGUUUUGCACAGUUCAUAAACCCCCUGCCUCAUAUUUUAAAUGUUUUUUUUUUUAUUUUUUAAAACCUCUGGCAUUGCAGCGCAUGCGACUUAAUUUCAAAUAUAUCAUGGCCUUGUUAACUGUUGGUAUGUUGCUCUUAGAACUGCACGAUUAAACUGAAAGUUACGUUACAAUUUGUAUGUAAAAACAUAAUGGAGAGAAGGCUGGGAUUUCUUGAACAGUGUUGCCUUUUGCAAGUAAAACAACCGUUCUCUCAGAUAUACGGAAUCUGCUGGUGAGGCUUGUUUCACAACGCUUGACUGGUUUUGAUCAGAAGCCUUGUACUUGUGAAUCUAUUGGUCAGCAAUAAAUAGACAACAUAUACUUGA